GUAUCGCUAUCGCGCCGCUAGCUCUAAAGUCACAACGAGGUCACUCGGAUGAGUCAGUUCAAGUGCGUUGAAGUGCAUGCACGAGGUCGUCCGCCAGGGGUAUUUCGGCCGGCUCAGGUGUAGUGCGAAGAUUCGAAGGGCUGCCCGGAUUAGUGGUGGAUUCGUUCCGCGGCCGCCAGUGCAUGAACGGUUGAUGUGAUUUUUAUGAAAAUUAGCGUGCGAGUGCGUUUAAGCCUUUUCUGUUUUCCGAUAGCGGGCACAGUGUUGUGUGAAGUGGGUUUUUUGUCGCGUUUUUGGGGAUAUUGUGAAAGUGAUAUGUCAGCGUUUUGAGCCUUGUGUGAGCCCUUUCAGCAAUGGAAUGCAGUUUAAAACCUAGGCUCCGGUUAAAACGCUACGACACCGAGCUAUCAAUCGGCUUAUUAUCACGCCAUACUGCAGGCAACAACUCCUACCGCCUUGGUGGCCGUGUGAUAAGCCUUUUGAAUUGCCAUUCACCAGUUCGGGCAAAAAGCUCUCCCUGCCAAAAGGUUUGAUGUUGGUGCGCCGAGGUGUUUAUGUGUGUGUGUUUCUAAACGCAAAAGAUACUAUGUGAUCGACACGAGCCUUAUUUUAUUGGCAAAUUUCAACACUCUCAACGCCCUGCUCGUCAGCCGGUUGUUUAUUUUUCGCGACGUGAAGCUGAAACGUUAGAAAAACGGGGGAAAACAUCAUACCACAUGUGUGUUUGUGUUAGUGCCUGUCUAAGUCUUCAUACGUCUCUGAAGUGGUCCGAUUUUCUAACUGCUCACGUGUAAGAAGAGGCGUUACUAUGCAAACAACAAGCGUUACCCCUCCGCUAUGUGCUGUGGCCAGACAGUAAUGGAGGAGCAUUUGAUUAGUUGCCGGUGUUUGCGCGUACGUGAUGGAACGUUUAAAAAUGAGUUUGAUUAAUUGCUGAUUAGAGCUUAAAUUAAAUUAGCCUCACCUCGGGAGGUGUUUACAUUUUACAGCUCCCACAGUGCAAACAGUAAUGCGAUGGGGGGCACAUUGUACCCUUGGGCUGGUGGAACCCCUUGCUAACACAAAAAUGUCUAACACGUUACAUACUACAAGCGCCAUAUUGUAGUAAUGUUUGAUGUGUACGCUGCUUCAAAACCGACAUGGCUGCCUUUUUUUCACGUUAAAUUACUCAAUCUUUGUAACGUUUGCAGCAGUAGCAGUAGCACACCGCAUAAGGUCUGAGUCGGCGACACGCCAUCUCAUAUUGUUAUGCAUUUAUUUAAUUUACGAAGCGAGAAAAAACACAUGCGUGCACCAUAUGAAUGGCUGCCAUGUGCUCCAGUAGUGCGCGUGUCUAGUAAGUUCAUCAGGUUUCGUUCACCUCCGUGCCGUCAGAACCUUUUUAACUGGGCUCUGACAGCCAGCUGAUGUGCAGCCUUUAACUUUCCGUUCUAAUAAUCACGAGACUCAUAAACAUGGUGACACGUAAACCGGAGUGAGAGAGAAAGGCAAAAAAGCAGUUUAUUUUAAAUGCAGUUUUUAUGUACAAAUAACACACGCCACCUCUGCUUUGGCUAGCUCGCCAACCGGUACGCGCUACGCAUUGACGGGAUGAUUAGCAUAUUUUCACUUUUGAUUGCAUAGAAUGAACUAGCGUACGAGCGGUCUCUACUCACCGCUUGUCAGGGACACGAAAUGGUGGUGCAAUCAGUGCAGUUGAGGUGUGAAGGUGAAUAUUAAAGAGAGCGAGCUGCCAAAUGUGUUCUAAUGCAUGAUACUUUUGAAAGGAAAAUGUUGCAAUAGGUCAUGGGAGGUUAGUGAGCCUUCUGGAAUUAAACGCUUAGAGUUAGAAAGGGCUUUAAGGGAUAGCGAUGAGAUUAAGAAAAUGGAAUGCUUUGUGGUUCAUUACGUAGCGUCCCUUUCAUUUUGAUCAUUCAUUAUUAACCUUUUCCAAACCAGGAAGAGAUCCCAAAUAUUAACGCUUGAUAUUUGGGCCGUAGGAGCUAUCUGACAGCUGUCAAUGAUAUCAGAUUUCGAAUUGACAGUUGACGAAAUAGAAAAAAAACAAAAAUCCGCCUUUGAACCCUUUUGAUUGAUUAUAAGGUUCCCGGUUUAUCUUUCAUAAUCAUCAAACCCCACUGUACAUGGGAAUGCACCAAACCUUCCCAAAUUAAAAAUGCAUAUUGAAAGAUCCCGGACAAAAAAAAAAAAAAACUACAUUCCCUGCAUCUCUGCACUACUCUAGUGAAAGCAUCUUAAAAGUGAAAUGAAAGUUUAAAACGGGACUUGGUGUGGUGUGUGAGACUUGUUUGGCAGCGGUACGACGGUUCCAAUUUGACAGGAACAACCAGUAAAGUGUGCAAGAGUUGUUUUCGGUUUGAUUUUUUCGCUUUGAUUUUCUAUACCCUCCUUCCCCGGUUCGGUGAUUCGUGAUUGUGUAUGCAUAUGGUGUUUGGGUGGAGAUAACGAUAUCGAACGUGUGCGUUAGAGUUCGGUGCGUAAGGGGAGUGCUUGCACCACGGGCUGAUCCGCGCCGGGGGUUUUCAUGAGUCUUGGCAAUGGGACGAACGUUCGGGGAAGGCGCGAUCGUUCGAACAACGUCCAGAAAUCGACGGGCGGAGACCCACUGCGGAUAAUUCAAAACAAGCUGGAAAUGUCGCCCCGCAAUUGGAACAUGGCAUACAAUGGACUGUCGCAGCAUGUGGACUUCAGCAGGCUGCCGAGCCCGAACGAGCGGUUCGAGCUGCUGGACCUGAUCGGCGAAGGUACCUACGGUGAGGUCUACAGCGCGAAGGACAAACACACCGGACGCAAGUAUGCGGUCAAGAUUUUGGAGAGUAUCGCCGAUAACAUCGAGGAGAUCGAGGAGGAGUAUCUGGUGCUGCGCGAUCUCUCGAAGCAUCCCAACAUUCCCGACUUUGCCGGGCUGUUCCUGAAGCGUGGCACCACCGUCGAGGAUGACCAGCUGUGGUUCGUGCUGGAGCUAUGCACCGGAGGCUCUGUGACUGAUCUGGUUCAAGGUCUGCGCAGCCGUGGAGCACGUCUGUCCAAUAAUCAGAUCGCGUACAUACUGAGGGAAACGGUGCAGGCGCUAGUGUUUCUGCACGAAAACCACUGCAUGCAUCGGGACAUUAAGGGACACAACAUACUGCUGACGGAGACGGGCCAUGUGAAGCUGGUGGACUUUGGCGUUAGUUCGCAUCUUGCUGCGACGAUGGCACGACGUAACACGAGCGUCGGCACACCGUACUGGAUGGCACCGGAGGUGAUUGCCUGUGAGCAGCAGCUAGACCAAUCGUACGACUCGCGGUGCGAUGUGUGGUCGGUUGGCAUAACGGCGAUAGAGUUGGCAGAGGGUGAUCCACCGCUGUGUGAGCUGCAUCCGAUGCGGGCACUGUUUCAGAUCCCUCGCAAUCCCCCACCGAAGCUGUCCCACCCGGAGCAGUACUCGUCGAUGCUGUCCGACUUUAUCUCGGAGUGUCUCGUGAAGGAUCUGGAGCAGCGCCCAUUCUCCAAGGAGUUAGUCACGCAUCCGUUCCUGAAGAGUGUGGGUCCUUACGUCGAUCAAAUACGGCAAGACUUGCGAACGGAGAUCGCUCGUCAGCGAGAGGAUGGUAGAACGCCGAGCCAAGCCAUCGCUACGACGAAGUACGGUAAGCUAAAGUCGGACCGCAAAUCAAAGCCACAGAAGAUGUAUAUGGAUGAUUUGGCUGCGUUGGACGUUCUGACUGAGGAUGCAAUUGUGGAGCAGUUGCAGAAGCGUUACGAAACGAAUCAGAUCUAUACGUACAUAGGGGACAUACUGAUCGCGGUGAAUCCGUUCAGUCAGGUGGGAUUGUAUACGACCCAGCAUCAACGUAAGUACACCGGACAAGCGCGAUCGGACAACCCACCACACAUCUUCGCGAUAGCAGAUGCUGCCCACCAGGCGCUUGUCCACCAGCGUCAAAACCAGGCGAUCGUGAUAUCGGGCGAAAGUGGAUCGGGUAAAACGGAGAGCGCCAACUUGCUGCUCAAGCAGCUUGUCUACCUCGGCAAAGCGGUCACCAAGAAUCUGGAGGAGCGCAUUCUUCAGGUCAAUCCCAUCAUGGAAGCGUUCGGAAAUGCUCGGACCGGGAUCAACGCAAACAGCUCCCGGUUUGGCAAGUAUCUGGAGCUUACGAUGGCCCGAAGUGGAAAGGUGAAUGGAGCGCGCAUCUUCGUCUAUCUGCUGGAGCAGAGUCGCGUUGUGAAGCAGGCCGAGGGAGAGGGAAACUUCCACGUGUUUUACUACAUGUACGAUGGUCUGCAGGCGGAGGGUCGCCUGGAGGAGUACUAUCUGCAUCCAUCGUACCGGAAGACGCAUCGUUAUCUGCAGGAAACGGCCACACUGCCGAAAACGAACGUGGACCGGUGGAAGCAACUGUUGGCUAGCUUCCGGGUGCUAGGCUUCAAGGACGACGAGGUGGAUAUGGUGAACCGAGUGUUGGCCGCCAUACUGAACCUCGGUGAUAUUGAGUUUGGUGAGAUGGAUUCGAACGACAACACGGACAGCAGGGCCCGAGUGAUAGAUGUGGCUCCGAUGCAUCGGGUGUCGAAGCUGCUUGGCGUUGACUCGGCCGAUCUGCUGGAAGCACUGUCGUCGAACUCGGUCGUCACCCGGGGUGAGACGAUCACGCGCCACAACAACGUGGCGGAAGCCUGUACGGCUCGCGACGCUAUGGCGAAAGGAUUGUAUGGCCGAUUGUUUGAUUGGAUGGUCAAUCAGAUCAAUCUGCUGCUGGUUCACAACAGAAAUAGCAACAGCCCGGAACAGUUAGCAAUUGGAUUGUUGGAUAUUUUUGGGUUCGAAAACUUCAGCAAGAAUUCCUUCGAGCAACUGUGUAUCAAUAUCGCCAACGAACAGAUACAGUACUACUUCAAUCAACACAUCUUCACGUGGGAGCAACAGGAAUACAUGGCAGAAGGAAUACCGGUCGAUUUGGUGGAGUUUGCUGAUAAUCGUCCCGUGCUGGACAUGCUGUUGAGUCGGCCCCUCGGACUGUUGGCACUGCUGGACGAGGAAUCACGUUUUCCACGCUCAACGGAUCGAUCAUUGAUUGAAAAAUUCCACAACAACGUGAAAUCGAAGUUCUACCAGCGGCCCAAAUCCGAUGCAGUCUGCUUUGCGAUCCACCACUUUGCUGGCCGGGUGGUUUAUCAGGCGGACGGGUUCCUGGAGAAGAAUCGCAACUUCCUCCCAGCCGAGAUCAUACAGCUGAUACGCCAAAGUCAGUACGACAUGAUACGCUUCCUGUUCCAGUGUCCCAUCACGAAGACGGGCAACCUGUACUCGGCCAUUCAGGAUACCGGCUCACGCCAGAACGUGCCCAGCUUCAUCAAGGUGGACACGAAGGAGAAGUUCAACUCGCGCGGACUGGCAUCACAAUCGAGGGCGCAGCAAACGGUGGCCACCUACUUCCGGUAUUCGUUGAUGGAUCUGCUGCAGAAGAUGGUUACCGGCACGCCACAGUUUAUACGUUGCAUCAAACCGAACGAGCUGAAAGCAGCCAAAUCGUUCGAUGCGGCAAAGGUGUUGAAGCAGCUUCGGUACACCGGUGUGCUGGAGACGAUCCGGAUUCGGCAGCACGGAUUCAGCCAUCGGUUUACGUUUGCUGACUUUUUGCGAAAGUACUGCUUCCUGGCGUACAGCUUCGAGGAACGUGUCGUGUCGAAUCGGGAGUCCUGUCGCUUGCUUUUGGUGCGCCUAAAAAUGGACGGAUGGGCGCUGGGAAAGUCGAAGGUGUUCCUCAAGUACUACCACGUGGAAUACCUAUCGAAGCUGUACGAGGAACAUGUACGAAAGAUAAUUUUGGUGCAGGCUUGUGUAAGACGCUGGCUGGCGAAGGCUCAGUACAAGCGAGAAAAGCAGCGUGUGGCGCUGAGUGCAGUCACGUUGCAGAAGCACGUCCGCGGCUGGUUAACACGUCGCCGCAUGCGGCUGCUGAAGGAGAAACAGGAACGCGAGCGGGAACGUUUGGAGCAGGAACGGCUCGAAAAGGAACGUUUGGCAAAGGAGAAAAAGAACAACGAGCAAAACAAGGCCAAACAGGCGCUGGCAAAGGCGAAGCUAAUACAUCAGCUAUCGAACCACCAGCUCGAGGCGAAGCACAUGCACGAGAAGCGCAGCGUGGACAUGAACAACAAGGAAAACGAGCGAGCCGCCAUCGUCAUCCAGAGCUACUACCGCGGGUACACCAUCCGGAAGAUGCGCAUGACGCCGGAAAUCGAAGCGAAAACCAAAUACAUUCUGGGCAUCGCGAAGAACCGGGUCGAGGCGCAGCGCAUGAUGCAGAAGGAGGGCUUCACGAAGGAGGACGCAGCGCGCAUCAUCCAGCGCUACUACCGCACCCAGAAGAGCAAACACAACAGCAACCAGCGCGAUGCGAUGGCGGCAGCCGUGGGAGCGGCGGCAGCGUCGGCGGCCUCCCGGAAGGGCCCGGCACCGCAACCACAGCCGAAACCGCUCACCACGAAGGACCAGCAGAUGGAUCUGAUCGCGUUCUCGCAGAACGUGCACAUGCUCAACCAGGAGGUGCACAAGAAUCUGCGCGUGAACAAGGCGGGCGUGCCGCUGGAAGCGAUCGAGAAGCUGCCGAACGACUACCGACGGCCACCUGGGUUCGUGCUAGUGCCGGGACUGCUUGGUACCGUACCGGGCGGCACUGACUGUGCGAAGUACAGCUCGCUGCGUAGCAUGGACUGUGACCACGAGAUGACAAAGGAACUGAUUCAAAGAAGUCCACCGCCCGCAGCGGACUUUGACGACAUCUCCCCGUGGGACAUGCCGUUCUACGAGGUGGAACGCAACCUGCGCUCGCAAAGGCAGCGAAAUAUGCAGCAACCGCCCCAGCGCAUUGACAUCAAUCGGAACGACAUCCUGGGCGACCGCAAGAUGGAGCUAGGCGACCGUAAGCAGCAGCUCUCCAGCAACUGGCACCAGGCAUUCCAAGCGACGGAAGGCACGCCGCAGGAUAAGUUCAAGGGUCUCGCAAGAUCUCCUCAAAAUCAAAACGAGCCGGCCCAUAUUCGUAGCAUUCCAGCGUUCAGCUAUCUCAACCCGAACAAUCAACAGAUCCUACGCUACUCACCAAACCAGCAGCGCGACUCAUCCGGCGAACCGACCAAUCCUCCACCCCAUCCGAGCCCGGUUCGCCAGUCGCCGGUCGAGCAGCCGGCACGGGAAGCUUCCACACCACCGUCCCGUCUCGGGCUGCUCAGCCAUCUGGGCGGUGGUGGUGGCGCGAAGAAAGCGGCCAAGGCUGAGAUGAAGGCACGCGAGAAGGAAAACAAGGAGCGUAAGAAGCGCGAAAAGAAGGCGAAGAAAGAAAAGGAAAAGGCCGCCGCUAAUGGGCUUACGCCGUCGUCCACCUCGUCGUCCGCCGGGUCCGCCCUGUCGAGCGGUAUUUCUUCGGGCGAAAAGCAACGCAAGGAACCGGCCGGAAGGAAGAAGCGUUCCGAUAAAUCUGCGAACGAUUCGCAACCGGUGGUGGUAAGUCGGUUUGCUGGUGUGGACGACCAAACACUCCACGAGUAUCACCAGCAACAGCAGCAACACCACCAGCAACAAGUACCUCAGAAACGCUUGAUUGAGCAUCACGAGUAUCAGAAUAUUUCGGAAGAAACAAAGAUCGACAGCAAGAGCCCGGUGAUGCGGAUGUUUGGCGACACGAACUUCCUAGUGAAUCAUCGACGCAAGGCGGCGGAACAGAAGCAGCAGCAGCAGCAGCAGCAGCAACAACUUGCCCAACUGCAGCAGGUGCAGCAGCAUCAGAAGCAGCAGCUGCAACAGAAAGCUCGUCAACAGCAACAGCAACAGCAGCAGCACCAUCAGCAACAACACCAUCAACAAAACAACGGCGGUAAUGGUUGGCGUCAGUCGGAGCUAAACUGUGGUCAGGGCGUUUGCGAGCUGUUGAACGGUGUGUACCGGUUCAGCCCGCACGUUACCUCGUUCGCCCAGAUGGAUUCGAAGAGCGCGAGCAGCCUAUCGGACGACCGGUCCACGCUGGACAAGGAUUACCAAAACUUCAAUGUUUCCAAGUACCUGAACAUCGACGUGAAGGGCCCGCUACAUCAUCAGCGCGAACGGGCCCGGGACAGCGGGGUCCACGAGCGGGACGUCAGCUCGAACAGUUCCAGCCUGAGCACGGGCAGCAGCGGCAUGAAUUCGCUGAACUCGUUCGAUUCCGUCGAGCAGGCUAUCAUCUUCCAGAAGGAUCGUAACGCCGACUCGUACCUCGGUCCGUUCAACUUCCGCCAGCUGUUGCGGCCGACCCAGGGCCCAACGGAAUCGCUCCGCAAGCGGAAGGGCAUCAAUCCACCGUCACCACCGCCACCGCAGCGGGGCAAAAGUUAAAGGCCCGGGCCGCCCCUUCCUUCCCCUUCCCGGAUACCCAUUGCGCGAGCUUACGAUCCGGCGUGUCGUGCGGAUUGCCUACAUUUAGGCGCCUCUCGUAAAGAGCGUUAGUGAAAUGCAACGAACCAAAGAAACACGUGCGGAGGAGGAGGAGAAGAAUGGAAGUGUUUGCCGGGUGUGGGAGAUCCCGGACAUCCGGCUGCCUCGUUACUUUAGACGGUAGUUAAGCAAUGUCCGCCGAAAGGCGGGAGGUAACAAUGUGUAUGUUGCUGCUGCUGCUACCACUUGCAAGCAUCACAAACCACGAAAUUGUGUACGGAUAAUGCUGGGCAAAGUUUGACUAUCGAUUCGUGGUCCCUGGCCGACACCGGCCGGCAGAAGAAUUUGCAAUUUCUUGACGGUCUAGACGACGGCGCGUUCACUUUUACCAUAGUUUAAAAACGACCGUAAAUACUUCUACAAUAUUGUGUGGAAUGUUAGGGCUUCGAGGCGCACGGGAUAGCGAGCAUCCAUGUAAAGCAACAGUUUUCUUCACGCGAAUUGGCCCGCUGUAGAAGGUAAUUUAUUUAUCGCACCGUGUUACCACACCUUCGUUACGCCUUGUUCCGUUCCCGGCUCCAGUCACCACCUUAUACGUGUAAGAAAAGAAUCCAUCCACCAAGCUUAGGGAGGCGCGCGUGUCGGUGAAAAAGUUUCCAGCUACGAAUAAGCAAAUCGGAAACCAUUUGGGACAGCAGACUCAUAUCUGUUGUAGCAAAUGGCAAGGGACAAAAUGUGCGAACUGGAACUGCGAAAGGAGAGCCAAAAACAUGAAAAGAAAAGGGCUCAAUUGAGUAGAAAUGGCUUCUGAGCGUGGUGAGCGUUGGUUAAGUUAGCAGAUAGCAGAUAACAGUACAAUUCAAUGAGGUAAAAAGGAGAUAAAUUUUCGGACGGUUAAGAGCAAAAAAAAAAAAAAGAAUUGAGUGAAAAAUGGAGCAGGUUGGUUGAAGGGAGUUAAAAGUUUAAUGGUUCGAUAAAAUUUAUAAUGACCGCUUGUCGUAAGAAUCGUUUUCCAUUGUGGGGGAUGUAGGGGGAUGAAUUCAGUUUGAUGAAUUUCGUUACGUGGGGUUAUGUGGGGUCUGUACUAGCGAUUAGGCGUACUUUAGGCAAUAGGUUUGGUUUUGAAAAUAAAGGCAAAUAUUAACAAUUGUUA